GCUGUAAGAAAGCAUCUACAUAUAAAACCUAUAGCCGAAAUAGUGAAAAUGAAAGCAUUGCAGCUUUCUAUAGUACUCCUAAUUGCGGUGGAUCUAUUUACAACAAUCUCAGCAGAUGCCUCAGACUACACAAAACUCUGUCGUUUAUUCAAAAACGGCACAAAAUUACGUGUUCCCGGAUCAUGUGAACAGUAUAUGGUUUGUAAUGGCAAUAGUGGUGAAAUUUUCACUUGUUCUGGCAAUUUGAAAUAUGAUGCGAAUCAAGAAAAAUGUGUCGCAAAUUUUAAUACCACUGCACUAUGUGAUAAUCGUUGUAUGGGUAAAAGGAACGAUACAUUCGCAGCGGACCCAACCAAUUGUCGUGGCUUUUAUUAUUGUCUAAAUGGUCAAGCUUAUGCCAGUAGUUGUGAUUGGCAGUACUAUUUUGAUGAGGCUGACCAAAUGUGUGUUUAUCCUCGUAAUUCUAUGUGCAAAGAUGUUAAUCAUAUUUGUGAACUGGUAAAGGAUGGUACCACGUUUCGUAAUGAGAAUGAUUGUUCACAAUACUAUAUUUGCACCAAAGGCGUACAAAUGAUUAAAAGUUGCAAACCUUCGUACUUUAAUGUAGAAAAGGGAUCUUGUGAUAAAAAGAAGAAUGUUAUCUGUUAUGCCCAUCCAAUAGCCGCGAAUUUAUGUCCAAAGAAUAUUACGAAUAUAGUGAAAAAAGCCGAUGAUGGUUCUUGUCGGGGUUACUUUGUUUGCAGGCCUAUGGGAGAAUUUGCUCAAGAUGAAAAACCCAUUUGGUACCAGUGUCCGUCUGGAAAGUUUUUCAGUGAAGCUCAAGGAGAAUGUUUGGAUCCCAUCAAUGUUAAAUGCAAUUAUAAUCGUUGUGAAAGCCGUGGUAAUAUGCUCGUUAACAGUUCUUUGAAUAAUUGCCGCAAUUAUAUUAAAUGUGAAAAUAAUAUGGAAGUGGGGGAAUACACCUGCGGCGACAAUUACUUUUUCGAUGAGCGUCUUCAAGCAUGUGUUCCGUAUAUUAUUUACUUUAAAUGUUGUGAUCAACCAAAUACGCACAAAAACGUUAAGUUGUAAUUAAAGUUAUGCAUGUCUAUCUAC